AUGGCUGCGGUCACCAUGGCAGCGUCCCCGACAUCUACCAGCAGUGCCUCGGCGACAUCUGUGUCCCUGUUGCAACGACAGUCAAGCAAAAAUGCCGACACCGUGUCGGUGUGUUCAACCAGCAGUGCCUUCUCCACGUGUCCCGAUCGGCACGGGUUUUACGGUGGCAUUCAGUUCUCGGAAAAACCUAAGAAGGAGACCCUGACGCGCGAGCAGAUAAUCGCUCGGGAAAAGAAGUGGAUUCACAUGACGACGCACUGGUCGGAGUACAUGAACUCCAACUACAAGAAGGUUCGAGAACGUUGCCGCAAGGGCAUUCCGGGAGCGCUACGUCAGAAAGCCUGGUUCCUGUUGACCGGUGCCAAUCAUCUGAUGGAUAAAUUUCCCGACUGGUAUCAGCAUCUGCUCCAACAACCCGGUAACCCGCAGAUCAUAGAUGAGAUCCGCAAGGAUCAGCAUCGACAGUUUCCACACCACGAGAUGUUUAUCGACGAUGACAAACCAGGCCAGAAGGAGUUGUUUAACGUGCUGAAGGCCUACUCGGUGUACAAUCCCACGGUCGGCUACUGCCAGGCGCAAGCUCCAAUCGCAGCGUUCUUGCUGAUGCAAUUACCGGCCGAACAGGCCUUCUGGUGCUUCGUUGCAAUCUGCGACAAGUAUCUCGAAAAUUAUUUCACUCCUGGUCUCGAGAUGCUGCAGCGCGAUGCCGGCAUGCUUAAUCGGUUGCUAAAGAAAACGUCCCCCUCUACCUACCGGCACCUGCAGAAGCACAACGUGGACCCGCUGUUGUACAUGACCGAUUGGUUUCUGUGCGCAAUGACGCGUACCCUGCCCUGGGACACGCUGCUGCGCGUGUGGGAUUGCUUCCUGUGUGAGGGUGUUCGGAUAUUCUUCAAGGUAGCACUCGUCAUCAUCGGGGCCUCACUGGGACCGUCUAAGGUGCGUUCACAGUGUAAUGGGUUGUGUGAAACGUUGGCCGUUCUUCGUUCUCCACCGAAGAAAUUCCUCGAGGAAGACUUCAUCAUGCACCACAUCUUCCGGCUGAACAUCACGAUCGAAGAUUUCCAUCGGGAGCACAAGAAGCAGGAAAUGCUGCAUCGGAAGACGAAGCUAGAGCAGCAAAAGUCGGCUCAGAAUCAGAACGGUAGUGGCGGAUCGUCCAGUGGCGGUCCGGGAAGGAGCUCAUAGUUCGCCGCACCCUGAACAGUCAGGGCUCCGAGCUAGUCCUAGGGGAUGAGCUUCCACUUAUCCAUCAAACGAAAACGUUUGCAGGUAGUGAGUAAAGUAUACCUGUCAUUUCUAGAGAUAGAGAUCAACUUCCAUUCAUCCCAUCUGUGCAAUAGAGGGCGUUAUAAUUACAAAGCGCACGUCGCUCAAGCAACUAUGAAACAUUUAAGAUUUAGAAAGAAACAUUUGUCUCGGAAUCAUUCUAAUAUUUUGUAUAGGAAAUCGCUUGAAAACCAAAAACACAAGUAAUUGGCUAAAAUGUUAUAUAACAUUCAACAUUAUUAAAGCCAAAGUAGCAAAAUUAUCUUUAAACUCUCCCCUUAUAAAUUGUAUCAUCCCUCACAAAAGGACAUCGCACUAUUACCGAUCCGUUUGAGCCAAACGGUCACUUGACAUGAGGAUUUCACUCGAAAGUAGUGAAGCAGUGUGUAACCGUACCUUAUACGCUAAAAACUACGAAAUCAGAGAUCGAAGCAUACCUGCACACUCGUUACGACGCAGAUUUAUAGUACAAUUUUAUAUCUAUUAAAAUGGAACAAUCCAGCUCAUGUUAGACACUAGUUAGCACGAUGAUAGUAAUCGAUCGAAAAUUCCAUUCGAUUUCCUGUACGUCUGGAUCGAAAUUGACAGAGGCUUAUUCGGGAAUCAAGUGAUGCAUCGUUCCGGGGUUCAUCAUCUUUCUUGUUUCAUUCCACGAGAGAAACGAAGAAACGCGAAGAUCGAAACUUUCCACGUUCGCAAGUUUUGCAUAAAUGUAAAAUUUCAUUUUCACAUGAGCACGCCCACAUAAGAGUUGUGACGUAUGAAAAGAGUCCCAAAUUUAGGGAAAUGUUUAGAAUUUAUAUCGUAUCAGUAAAUCCCUAAUUUUCAACGCCAUCUCGAAAAUCGAACAAUUAAUGUUUAAAACUAACAGACCGAGAGUGAUAAUCGCAAGAGGUCGGGCGCACCGUUAAAUGUUCACUUUUAUGUUCUCAUUUCUCAUGUUUAGGAAUUCGCACAAGGUCGUUAGAAAUGCUGUAAAGCAAUGCAAUAUAUGGGGAUAACCCCACAAUCCCUUCCUCCCACCCAUUACGGGGAUCGAAAUAUCCGAAUCGAAGCAAACUAGCAAACAAUUUCAAUGGUGCCUUUCUUUCCUCUGAGUGUUUGUACAACGUGUUUGCAGCAUGUAUAAGCAAAACAACGUAAAUUCAAAUAGAUUUUAGUAUGUCUAACAUAAUUUACCAUUUGUCAUGCAAUCGUUUUCUUUAGUAUCGCCUUCCAAUGUGUUAGUUAAAACUAGUGUUCGAAUUGAAAAUUCGAAUGAUAGACAGAUAGCUCAUUAUAUUGUACUAAUAAUUCACUAUUCAGUAAUGUGCAAUCGCUGUUCGUCGAACAUGUGUUGUAAACGGUACGGUAAAAAAAACGUUAUGAAUUUGUUAAAGAGUAAGCACUAGUAUAAUUUUCCAUAUUAUCCAUUUCUCGUAUAUUUAUUGCACGUAAUGCACGUCUGCGUAACAAAGCAAAGCGGCGGCAGCUGCCUUUUUUUUAAACGGACGAAUCGAUGCCGUUAUGCAUCCUGUUCGAGUUCGGUUUGUUUUCUGAUCGAAGGAAAUUAUAAUAAAAAAAUC